ACUCCAUAGUAAACAUUUCUAGAAUUAUAGCAUCAGGAAAUAGCCUGCAUGAUUGCAGAAUCUGUCAUCAGCACCCUCAGGAUAGAGAGCAUCACCUUCUGGUGCACCCUGCAAACCUCACAGCCAUCUCCCCAAACCUCCUAAUUGGCCAUAGUGUUCCUUUGGUACCUAGGCCCCUACUUAUAAAACAGCUCUCUCCCACACUUAACAGAUUGACCUGACUCCUCUCCAACCACCCUCCUACCCCCUACUAUUACCUGGACCUAGGAUGUUGGGUAUCUACAGCUCCAGUGUACUAAUGAUACUAUCUUUUGCACAAAUUGUUGUGACAAUGACACAGAGACAGAAAUUCCCCACAAUGCUCUGACCCAACCCUAGUAGCCAAAUUCCCAAGGCCAUGGGAGGGCAAAUGGGAUCCCACUGGUAAACAAGGAGACUAUACAUGGUGCCUCCUCCAGGACCAAUAUAUGCAAGGGAGAAACGACUGCUUAAUUUGGGAAGAUGGAGGUACCACCCUCUGGUGGAAAACGAGGGCUACUCAAUCACCCCCAUUGGAACCUGGAAAAGGUAUCUCUAUAGACCCAGUUUGGCAAUAAAAAAUGGACGGCAUAACUUGCAAGGAUUCAAUUUGUGACCCAUCUGGGCUCACCUUUAGGGGAAGAAAUCCUACCCCAUACCCACUCCCAACCCUGUAGGGAACCAUUUAUUCUUCUAGGAAUAGCUUUCCAUUUUGCUUAUCAAAAACUUGAAACACCAGUGAAUGUAUUUUGGCCACCAUUAUCCCUUCAGGGGGUAUCCAUUCAUAACCCCAUAAAACCUAGAAAAACAAGAAGUAAAAGAGCAAUAGGAUUAAUUUUUACAGGAAUUGGGGCAGCAAUAGGGGUGGUGGCCCCUUGGCAGGGACGUUGCAUACCACAAGUCAAUGCUAAGAAACAUAACUCAGGCCCUAGAAUCUCUGGCCACCAACACUAGUCAGACAUUAAGAAAAAUUCAGGAAUCUCUGGACUCUUUGGCAAUUGUAGCCCUGACAACAGACUAGUCUUGGAUUGUUUACUGACUGAAAAAGGUAGAGUCUGCACUGUUAUCAAUAAGACCGGCUGCACAUAUAUUAACAACUCUGGACAGGCUGAGGUUAACAUUCAAAAGUUCUAAGAGCAAGCCACCUGGUUACAUAUAUAUAACCAGGGAACUGACCCCAACUAUAUCUGGUUGACCAUAAAAAACACCCUCCUGGCCAGGCACAGUGGCUCACGCCUGUAAUACCAGUACUUUGGGAGGCUAAAGUGGGAGGAUCACUUGAGCUCAGGAGUCAAGACCAGCCCGGGCAACAUAGUGAGACUGUGUCUCUAUAAAAACAUUUAAAAAUCAGCUGGGUGUUGCUGGCAAACACAUGUGGUCCCAGCUACUCAGGAGGUAAGGCAGGAGGAUCACUUGAGCCUGGGAGGUUGAAGCUGCAGUGGGCCAUGAUCACACCACUGCACUCCAGCCUGGGUGACAGAGCGAGAUCCUGUCUCAAAAAACCCAAAAAAUAACAACAAAAAAACACCCUCCCAAGUCUCACCUGGUUUCUACUCUUUUUAGGACCUCUAGCGGCUAUCUUGUAACUAUGAAUCUUUGGCCCUGCCUCUUUUAGCCUCCUUGUAGUGUGUGUCUUCUAGAUUGCAACAAUUUCCAUGUGAAGAUAAUGCUAGCACAUGGCUUCCAACACAUCCUUGUUCUGACCCCUUAGAUGAGGCAUCAAGAGAUUUUUACUCCUCCAGUGCUAGGCAGGGCCAAUGCCCAUAAAAUCAACAGGAAGCAGUCACAGAAGACGGACUUCCACCCUUCUAAAACCCUGUAAGAUUGAAGGGGAGUAUAUAAUCUCUGUGGGGGGAGUGAGGUAGGAGAGAAGCAGGAUUUGUUUUCCAAGCACUGGCCAGAGAGCCUGCUGAACAAAACAAGAACAAAACCCUGAUCAAAACAGGAUGCAGCAAAGAAAGCAGCCAAAACCAGUUACAACCAAGAUGGCAACAAAAGUGACAUUCGGUUGCUCUCACUGCUUAUUAUACACUAAUUAUAAUGAAUUUGCAUGCUAAAAGAAACUCCAGUGGGUCACAGGGAGCCAGGCCUGGUGGCCAGAGUGUAUCAUGAGGCUGGACCUGGUGGUGCAGAAGGUGGUGGUCCACCCCCAGGUACUGCUCAAUGUGGUGGAUCAUUUCAACAGAAUCAGCAAGGUUGGAAACCAGAAAUGCACUCUUCAUGUGCUUUUGCGGUCAUGGCAAAUGAAAGUACUUGAUGUAUCCAGCAGUUUUACAGUCCCUUUUAAUGAAGAUGACAAAGAUAAUUGUUUUUUAGCCCACGAUUAUUUGAAAAACACAUACAGAAUGUUUAAGAGGGUGAAUGCCAGGGAAAGAAUAGUUGAGUGGUACCACAUAGGCCCUAAACUACACAAGAAUGACACUGCCUUCGAUGAAAUCAUGAAAAGAUACUGCCGUAACUCAGUAUUGGUCACUAGUGACAUGAAGCCAAAGGACUUAGGGCUGCCCACAGAAGCAUAUAUUUCAGUAGAAGUCUAUGAAGAUGGAACUUCAGCCUUGAAAACAUUUGAGCAUGUGACCAGUGAAACUGGAGCAGAGGAAGCUAAGGAAAUUGGAGUUAAACACUUGUUACAAGACAUCAAAGACACUACAGUGGGCACUCUUUCCCAGUGUAUCACAAACCAGGUCCUGGAUUUGAAGGGACUGAACUCCAAGCUUCUGGGUACCAGAAGCUACCUGGAAAAAGUUGCCACAGGCAAACUGUCCACCAACCACCGAUUCAUCUAUCAGCUGCAGGUCUUCAAGCUGCUGCCAGUCAUUAGCCUAUAGGAGUUUGUCAAGGCCUUUUACCUGAAGACCAAUAACCAAAUGGUAGCAGUGUACUUGGCCUCGCCGAUCCAUUCUGUGAUCACCCUACACAACCUCAUCAACAAGACUGCCAACUGGGAUGCAGAGAAGAAAGACAGGAAAAAGAAACUGGCCAGGCGCGGUGGUUCACGCCUGUAAUCUCAGCACUUUGGGAGGCCGAGGCGGGCGGAUCACAAGGUCAGGAGAUCGAGACCAGCCUGUCUAACACAGUGAAACCCCGUCUCUACUAAAAAUACAAAAAAAUUAGCCGGGUGUGGUGGCGGGCACCUGUAGUCCUAGCUACUCGGGAGACUGAGGCAGGAGAAUGGCGUGAACCCGGGAGGCGGAGCUUGCAGGGAGCCGAGAUCGCGCCACUGCACUCCAGCCUGGGUGACAGAGCAAGACUCUGUCACCAAAAAAAAAAAAAAAAAAAAAAGAUAGGAAAAAGAAGAAAGCAAAAAAGGAUAGAAAAGACGACAAAGAGAAAGAUAAAGGAAAAAAGUGAUAUAAAGAGAAAAUGUAAAACAUAUAGAUUUUUUAAUUUGUAAACUAAAAUCUUAUAAACGAAACCAGCGUGCUACUAGGGGGUUCUUUUCCACUUUAACUGCUUGUUAAAAAGCUGUCCUGGGCCAGGCACGGUAGCUCACGCCUGUAAUCCCAGUACUUUGGGAGGCCGAGGUGGGUGGAUGACUUGAGGUCAGGAGUUCGAGACAGCCUGGCCAACAUGGUGAAACCCCAUCUCUACUAAAAAUACAAAAAUUAGCUUGGCAUGGUGGCACACGGCUGUAGUCCCAGCUACUCAGGAGGCUGAGGCAGAAGAAUUGCUUCAACCGAGCAGGGGCCAUUGAGAUUGCGCCAUUGCACUACGGCCUGGGAAACAAGAGUGAAACUCUGUCUCAAAAAAAAAAAAAACAAAAAAAACACAGGAGUUGAAUUUUCCCCAUCUUGAAAGACUCUUUCAGUCUGUUUCUGGUAAUUUACAAAAUUGCUAAAUGGAAUACACAAACUCUGCAUGUUCUCUGACUCAUAACACCGUGAGUUCGAACCCUUCUGAACUCAGAAUACCACAAGUUUUGGACCCAUAGCUCUAGCACUCUCAGGCUUGGGAUCCAGGCUUCAUAAAUUGCUUACCUUGAAAGACACAAUUAAAUGGAUUGGUUUUAAAAAAUAAAAACAGGCUGGGCGUGGUGGCUCAUGCCUGUAAUCCCAGCACUUUGGGAGGCUGAGGCGGGCAGAUGAUCACCUGAGGUCAGGAGUUCAAGACCAGCCUGGCCAACAUGGCAAAAACGCAUCUCAAUUAAAAAUACAAAAAAAGCCAGGUGCAGUGACUCAAGCCUGUAAUUCCAGCACUUUAAGAGGCCGAGGAGGGCAGAUCAUGAGGUCAGGAGUUUGACACCAGCCUGACCAACAUGGUGAAACCCCGUCUCUACUAAAAAUACAAAAAUUAGCCGGGCACGGUAGCGGGUACCUAUAACCCCAGCUACUCAGGAAGCUGAGGCAGGAGAAUCGCUUGAACCCAGGAGGUGGUGGUUGCAGUGAACUGAGAUGGCGCCACUGCACUCCAGCCUGGGCAACAGAGCGAGACUCCAUCUCAAAAACAAAAAACAAAAAACAAAAAACAAAAAAAAUUAGCUGAGUGUGGUGGUGCAUGCCUGUAGUCCCAGGUACUCGAAAGGCUGGGGUAGGAGAAUCCCUUGAACCCAGGAGGCGGGGGUUGCGGUGAGCCAAGAUCGUGCCACUACACUCCAGCCUGGGCAACAGAGUGAGACUCUGUCUCAAAAUAAAUAAACAAUAAAUAAAUAUAUACAUACAUACAUACAAAGAAGAAAAGUCCCACCACUGCCAUGACAGUUUACAAAUGCCAGGGCAACCCCUAGAAGUUACCUUAUAUGGUUUAAAACGGGAGGAUCUCUUGGUUCUGGGAACUCCCUGCCCCUUUUCUAGAAAACUGAUGAAUAACCUGCCCUUAUUUAGUAUAUAAUCAAGGAAUAGCUAUCUAUUCACAAGGGCUGCUGCUAUUGCUGUGUCUAUGGGGCAGCCAUUUCCUGUACUCUGCUGCUCUAAUAAACUUGCUUUCCUUUUUCUCUAUUGGCUUGCAAAUGAAUCUUGCACAAAGCCAAGAACCCCCCUGGGCUGAGCCCCAAUUUUGGGGUUCACCUGCAUAACUCAUACCCAAAUCUGAACUCAUAUUCAAACUCUCAAAUACCUUCCCUAUGAAGGCAUGCAUCACCAUCCCCUACCCCAGAUAUCUUACAUGUCAGUCUCUGAGCAGUGUUAAUCAUUUCUUUGUAAUGUGUCUAUGGUGUACCCAUUCUUCUCUACCCUUACUGCCAGCAUCCUAUUCUAAAUCUUAAGGUCUUAAGGGGAAAGCUUCAAGGCUCUCCAUAAUCUGGAUCUACUCUUUCUACCUGAAGCCUUAGUACUUUCCCACACAAACACAGCAUUUCUACAUGUUUGCAGAAUAUGCUAUUCUACUUCCACUUCUUCCCUCACAAUCUAUCAAAUCCUGUGAAUCCUUCAAGCUCCAAUUCCAAAAAGUAUAUGUUUAUGGUUGUUUUCCCAAUUAAGAUUCUAAACUUCCUGAGGUUAGAACUAUGUCUUCUGCUUCUUUUAAAUGUCACACAGAUAGAGAUUAUGUUUUAAACCAAAACUCAGAACAAAGGAUUUCUUUGUCAUUUUCAGACAAAAA